AUGGAAAUAAUCAACCAAAAUGAGGACUCGAUGAUGUCCUGUGACUCGAUCGACGAUGGUUUACCGAUUAUCAACCCUGCGUCUAUCCUGGAGACCGACAGCGAUGCGACUCUCGACAAGCCAAUGCCCGUCGUACGUGAUAAUUCUCUGGCUUCGACUGGCUCGAACUCGCAAGCUGACAAAAAGUCGCUCAGCCGGCUAAUUACAGAAGAUGUUACUUACAAGUUUACCGAACCGAAAGAUUUGGUAGAAUACGAAUGGCCAGCGAAGAGUGGCGAUAAGUGGAUGAUACAGGAACAAAUCAGCGAGCUAAUGCAGAUUACUGCCUUCAAGCGUAGAUUUCCGGAAAUGACCUCGCGUCAGAUCCGAAAAGAAGAAAAGGAGUACCUGAUUAACACUCACAAAGUCAACACAUUGCUGUCGGAAUUGCAUAUGCAAUACAUGACGGCGAUCCGUGCCAGCGAGGUGCAUGACCUUUUAUGUAGAGAAAAGCCGGAUCUAUUUGCUGAGUAUCAGCGCCUUACGACGGAAAAGAUCAAGGAGAAGAUGGCCGAGCAGCAAAAAGAAAUGGAUAGAUUGAAAAAGGACCCGAAGGCAUUGGAGGACAUGCGUCAGAAGGCCAUCGCUAGCGCCAGUGCGUGGAACCAAGAAUUGCAAAAUACAAGAAAGUACGAGCGGAAGACGUACUGGGAUCUGCAGACUGGGGUCAUCCAAUCCGGAAGUGGUGGCUGGAAACGGAUGCAUCCGAGCCUAACGAAGCCGAGUCGCUAUCCGGCUGCCCUCGUCUUAGGACAAUAUCAGGAUUAUUACAAAAAGUACACACCCGCUGAGCUGAACCGACUUCCCCUAGGAACGGUGAUGGAUGGUAGCAAUUUGUUCACCGUCCCACGCGGGAAAAGCCCGCCGCCGAUAAAUGUCAAGGAGGAGGAGUUGAAGGAUGAAGUGCAGGUUCCGAACAAGGAAGAAGAUUUCAAAAAUGUUUUUGCUACAUCUGGCCCCAUCGCCGCAGCUAUGACACCACAACGAGAAACACAGCCACGCGUGAAGGUCGAGGUACCCACUCCGAAGCAAAGUGAUCUGAAAAAGACGAAGUGCUCUCAAUGCCUUCUUGCGCCGAAAGCCGACUUGACGAUGAUCCGUUGCGCGUCUUGCCAUAUGACUGUGCAUGCAGAAUGCGCCGAAAUGGACGAACAGAUGACUGCCGCGGUGCUGACUUACCCGUGGCAUUGCAUGGAGUGCAAAUUAUGUACCAUGUGCCACAAACCUGACAAUGAGGACGCCCUGAUCAUCUGCGACCGAUGUGAUCGUGGCUAUCACACAUAUUGUGUAGGCGUCGAGAAACCACCGAAUGGCUCCUGGAUGUGCACGGAAUUCUGUGAAGCCGAGAAGUCUGCCAACACCGGUUCCGGUCGACCGCGCAGGAAGACUGCCGGAAAA